AAAGAUGACAGCAUGGUCAGACCACUGAUUCUCCACGGCUGGCUUGAUUCCUCUCAAUGAGCAGGGAAAAAGUUAACCAAGACAAGCGAGUAGAGAGAGCAGUUGGGAUCUGUAAAAAGAUGGUGGCUGCCUUCUUCUCCUGGAAGAAAAAGCGAGACCUUGCAGCUGCUAAGGAGGAGUAUAACUUGCCAAAGCACAAGCUUGUGAGCGAGACACCAACAAGAUGGGGCUCCCGUCAACAAAUGGUGAAGCAGGUUCUUGAGCAGAAAAGGGCCAUCACAGAGGUCCUCUCAAAAGACAAGAAGACCAGGUCGCUGGUUCCCACCUGGCAAGAUGUGGAUAUUUGAGAUUCUAUAGAUGCAGCUCU